CCGGUAAUGGUCGCUAAGACGCUUUCAGAUGAACUGUGAAGUAGACUGUAGAUCUAGGUUUAGUAAAUUGUAAUUAUUUGCUUAGGGAAAUCACAAUUAGAGAUCUAGAUGUAGAUUCUAGAUCUAUAUGCCUACGUAUAAUUCUAUUUUGUUUUAUAUCAUCCGUAGGCCUAUUUAUAUUAUUAUUAAAGAAGAGCAGCCCUUCAUUCAAAAUUACUUCAAAUUCAAAUGAAUGAAUUCAUUCUCACAUUUGUUGAAGUUUAGAUCUUAUCUAUGAGUCAGAAUGAGAUUUUAAUUUAGGCCUAAUAAAUUUAUAUAGAAUUUAGUGUAUUUACUGUAUUAGUAAAGUAAGCCACUAUCACUAAUCACUAAAAAACUAAGGCUUGCAAGAUCUCUCGACAAUGUUUGUAACUUUUUCAUUGUCUAGAAAUUUUUAAAACUAGCAGUACUGCCAAUGGAUCUAAAUGACUUAUCUAAUCAUAAAUUAAAAAGUGAGCAAGACAGCAGCCAAAUGAGUGCUAAUCAAGAAUGUAAAACCCCAGCAGCAGGUGACUGGAUCAAGGAACUGUUCACACCAUUUUAUGACUUUGAUGACAUUGUCAAAGUGGCAAAAGAUGGUUACCAACCAGAGGAAAGUAAAAUAAAACCUGUUCCUAUUCUUGAUCCAGUCGCAAUAAGGGAAGUUUUUGAACGAGUACAUAGUCGCAUCGUCGAGGCAGAAAAGGAAAAGCUUGAUGCCUUACAAGAAAAAAAAGAAAAAGAACUAGAAAAGAAAAUAGACCCACGCAGUUCAAGUAUUUGGAACACAGAUGAAAUCAGCACUCUUCGAAAUGUCUACAAAUCAGCUAAAGGGGAAAUCAUCAAGCUUGAGGUUGCACUUAGAGAACAAACAGCCCACAGUAAUUCCUUACAAGAUACAGUGUUAAAACAGCGAUUGGAGAUAGAAGAUCUUAAAGAAAAACUAAAGGAGGCAUCAAAGUCUAACAAAAGACUGGUCAUACACAGAGACAGCCUGCAGAAUGAUUUGGCUGUGCUUGAAGUCAAACUGGCAGCCCUCACUGACAUGUGGCAUGAGAUACAAGCUGAAAAGGUGAAAGCCAUGGAAGAUACAAAAAGUUCCCACAUGGAACUUGACAAGGAACGGCUCAUCCGCAAUGACCUGGAGGCCAAACUCUUGCAAGCCGAACAAAAUCUGCAACGUGAAAAAUCUCUGCUGGAGCGGAACAUCUCCUCCAAGUACGAAGCAGAGAUAAAAGACUUGCAGGAAGUGGUGCGUGAUCUGAUGCUAGAGCUACAAGAGGAGAGGAAGCUCUACAACGCAUCCAAGAGAGGGUUGGAGCAUCUAAGGAACCACUUCUCAAGUUUACCGCUACAGCAUAUUUUGCCACCCAAUGCUGCUCUGAAAAACGAAGUUGAAGUUAUUGACCAUAUUAGUCUCAGUUAGAAAAUUUAAACCUAACAGACAUUUAGCAGCUGAAAUUAACAAACGUCGCUGUUGAAUUUUUAAGAAAAGCAGCAUUUGUUUGCAAUAUGUGAUUCGUUGAUGAAAUUCACAGUUAUUACUUACAUUGUAUUAAACUAACAACAUACAAAUGUGAUUAAAGUUCAUUGAUCAUUGUUUUCAAAUAUUGUAUUUUUCAUGC